UACAAUUAGUUUCAGUUUUGUUUCUCUUUCAGGAGCCCGGCAACAGCCGCAUCAGGGCCUCCGAGGGGCGGGGCGGGGGGGUCCCCCAGCUCUGGGUCCUGGAGCCCAAGCUAGAUCUCACAGGGCCUGACACGCGCCAAGGCAGCCUUUACUUUUUCGCAUUUCUGAAUGUCUGUACGGAGGAGGGAGGCAGUUCUUUAGCUCCAGAGACGGCAAGAAAAUUCCCGGCCAUUCAGAAUGGUUUCCCAGGGCUCCUCACCCUCCCUCCUGGAGGCCCUGAGCAGCGACUUCCUGGCCUGUAAAAUCUGCCUGGAACAACUGCGGGUGCCCAAAACGCUGCCCUGCCUGCACACCUACUGCCAGGACUGCCUGGCACAGCUGGCCGAGGGCGGCCACCUCCGAUGCCCCGAGUGCCGUGAGUCUGUGCCCGUGCCGCCCGCGGGCGUGGCCGCCUUCAAGACCAACUUCUUUGUCAACGGACUCCUGGAUUUGGUGAAGGCCCGGGCCGGCGGCGACCUGCGGGCAGGGAAGCCGGCCUGUGCCCUGUGCCCCCUGAUGGGGGGCGCCAGCGCCGGGGGGCCAGCCACUGCCCGCUGCCUGGACUGUGCCGACGACCUGUGCCAGGCCUGUGCCGACGGGCACCGGUGCACCCGGCAGACCCACAGCCACCGGGUGGUGGACCUGGUGGGCUACAGGGCGGGGUGGUACGACGAGGAGGCCCGGGAGCGCCAGGCGGCCCAGUGCCCCCAGCACCCCGGGGAGGCCCUGCGCUUCCUGUGCCAGCCGUGCUCCCAGCUGCUGUGCCGAGAGUGUCGCCUGGACCCUCACCUGGACCACCCCUGCCUGCCCCUGGCUGAGGCUGUGCGCGCCCGGAGGCCAGGCCUCGAGGAGCUGCUGGCCGGCGUGGACAGCAACCUGGCUGAGCUGGAGGCCACCCGGCUGGCCGAAAAGGAAGCCUUGGCCCGGCUGCGGGAGCAGGCGGCCAAGGUAGUCAUGCAGGUGGAGGAGGCGGCCGAGGGGGUCCUCAGGGCCCUCCUGGCCCAGAAGCAGGAGGUGCUUGGGCAGCUGCGGGCCCACGUAGAGGCUGCCGAGGAGGCUGCUCGGGAGCGGCUGGGGGAGCUGGAGGGCCGGGAGCAGGUGGCCAGGGAGGCGGCUGCCUUUGCCCGUCGGGUGCUCAGCCUGGGGCGCGAGGCUGAGAUCCUCUCUCUGGAGGGGGCGAUCGCCCAGCGGCUCCGGCAGCUGCAGGGCUGUCCCUGGGUGCCUGGGCCCGCUCCCUGCCAGCUGCCCCAGCUGGAACUGCAUCCCGGGCUCCUGGACAAGAACUGCCACCUGCUGAGGCUCUCCUUUGAGGAGCAGCAGCUGCUGAAGGACAGCAGGAAGGAUGGAGCCCGAAGCCCGGGAGGUGACGCAGCCCAGCCCCAGAGCAGGGAUGGAGUGCAGACCCCAAAUCAGGACAGAGCGCAGACACCCCAAGAAGAUGAAGCCCAGCCCCUCAAGGCGGAGAGAGCUGAGACGCCCCAGGAAGAUGGAGCCAAGACCCCCAAAGAGGGCAGAGCCCAGACACCCCAAGAAGAUGGAGGAACCCAGGCCGCAAGGGGCGGCAGAUCCAACAAGAAGAGGAAGUUCAAAGGCAGACUCAAGUCUGUCUCCCGGGAGCCCAGCCCCGCCCCCGGUCCAAACCUGGAGGGCUCCGGCCUCCUGCCCAGGCCCAUCUUUUUCUGCAGCUUCCCCACGCGGAUGCCGGGGGACAAGCGCGCCCCCCGGAUCACUGGGCUCUGUCCCUUUGGCUCCCGGGAGAUCCUGGUGGCCGAUGAGCAGAACCGGGCCCUGAAGCGCUUCUCUCUCAAUGGCGACUACAGGGGCGCGGUACCCGUGCCCGAGGGCUGCUCCCCAUGCAGCGUGGCCGCCCUGCAGGACGCCGUGGCCUUCUCAGCGGCCGCGCGGCUCUAUCUCAUCAACCACAACGGAGAGGUGCAGUGGCGCCGGGCGCUGAGCCUCUGCCAGGCCAGCCACGCCGUGGCCGCCAUGCCGAGCGGGGACCGGGUGGCGGUCAGCGUGUCCGGCCACGUGGAGGUGUACAACAUGGAAGGCAGCCUGGCCACGCGGUUCAUCCCCGGGGGCAAGGCCAACCGGGGCCUGCGGGCACUGGUGUUCCUGACCACCAGCCCCCAGGGCCAUUUUGUAGGGUCUGAUUGGCAGCAGAAUAGCUUGGUGGUCUGUGAUGGGCUGGGUCAGGUGGUUGGGGAGUACCGAGGACCCGGCCUGCACGGCUGCCAGCCGGGCUCCGUAUCCGUGGAUAAGAAAGGCUACAUCUUUCUGACCCUUCGCGAGGUCAACAAGGUAGUGAUCCUCGAUCCAAAGGGCGCGCUGCUUGGCGACUUCCUGACGGCCUAUCAUGGCCUGGAAAAGCCCCGGGUGACCACCAUGGUGGACGGCAGGUACCUGGUCGUGUCCCUCAGUAACGGGACCAUCCAUGUCUUUCGGGUCCGCCCUCUUGACAGUUAAAAGGCUGGGACCGGGGAGGGACUGGGUGGUGGGGGGAAGGAAAUGACGGGGGGAAGGCAGGCAGGGCCGCCCAGGACAUGGGGCGGCCAAGGACAUUUUCUCAGACGGCAGUGGUUGACAGCUUUUCACAAUGUGAAGUGCCAAACCCGUCUGCAGUUGCAGGGAUGGGGACCAAGCAGGGUUGGCAUGACCAUAAUUCUCAGAUGCAGAAGAGGAGGGGUUGGAGAGGUACUGGGCAUUAACGCCUCUUGCUUUUGAAUUGGGGGGAGUGACUGCCACUGCCGCUAGUAUAGAGUCUAGGUUUCCAAGAUAUGUAAACUAGUUCUGAUUUGCGUUCUUCUUCAAAACCAUUCCUGAUGGGGUGGCCCGUGGAGAGGCUUGGGGAGGUGGGUAGAGAUUGUCCUUGGAGCCAAGAAGGGCUCAGGAUAUGUUGGUUAUGUACUUUGCCGAAGAGAGCUGAGAACCCGUUCUUCAACUGGAAGGGGACAGGCUAGGUUAGCAGGGGCCUGAGGUUUUGAACCCGGCAGUCAAUGAAUGACAUCUUUCACCACAGAGAUGGAAGAGCUGAGGUCAUUCAUUGCCUUUAGCCACAGCCGGGAAAUUGAGGCUCCUCCUCCAAUAGUGGCAUCCCCCAGUGAAGAAUGAGGUGGGCUUCAUGGGGGACCAAGUAUAGACACUACCCCAGGGCAAAGGAUGUUUACCUUAAAGCCCGUGAAGAGAAUGUGCUGUUAGAAAACAGAACCUGGUAGGACUGGAGUUUAAAACACAGGGUUCCUAGUGUGAGAGAAGGGGACACCCUGGGGCUUACCCCAAUCCUCACCUCCAAGCCAUCCUGAGGUCACACCUCUGUAGAAUAUAAAGUCUCUUCUGUUUUGAUGUCUUAAUACUUCCUGGAGUUUGUUUUUAGCCCCUUCUUAGUUUUCCAGCACAAUUCCUUUUGAGAAAUUCUGGCUGAACUAAAGUGUUAAAGGCAUUUGUUUGUAUUGCUAUUAUGGGUGGGGAACACACCUAAUCCUAGAGGCCAGGUGUGGAACUCAGGGGCCAAACCAGUUGGAAGACCUGAGAAGUCAGGAGUGGUCCUGAGAUGGGUGGAGGAGUGGAAAUCGCAUGGAGGGAUCGUGUCAGAAGUGAGCCGUGACCACAGGCCCUUUGCAUGGGCCGUGGCAGUGGUGGAAUGGAGGUGGCCAUGGUUAGCUAGGGGCUGUUGAGAGAUGACCAAAGGGAAUCUUAAUGUAAGGAUCAUGGACCAUGAGUGGUCAUGGGAAGCAGAGAGAUUUUGGACAAGUCCAGAUGGAAAGUACAGGACUUUAGGUGGAGGGAAAAGAAAAUAUUUUUCUAGGGAGAGCAUUGAUUUGUUUCGUGAAGUGAAGGGGUAAAUAAUCAAUGUCAAGUGUAUGGAUUCAGUUAUAAAAUUUUGAGAUGUAUGCACAGCAAAUAAUAAUGACGAUUAAAGGAAAAAUCGAUGAGGGGAGGAAAUUACAGAGCGUUGAUCUGAGAGCUGAGUCUCUAGGGUAUACAGUGACUUAAAGAGAUCUACUUGGUCAAAGGACCAAAUAAGUUGGGUCCCCAGAAGGGAAUCCACACGGGCCAGGACACAUAAAAUGAAAAAUAAAAUCAACCAUUUGCAUUCGUCAAAAAAAUAUUUUGAAGCUCUAUCAUGGGGAAAUAGGCUCCUGGCAUGAUAAAUGCUUCCUGGAGAUCGGUUUGGCAGGACUUGACAGGAGUCAAAGAAAUGAUUGUAAGAUGAAGUUACUUCACAUUGGGGAAUACAUUCUGGGAAAAGAAUUGAAAAAGGAAAAGAAUUUGCAGAUAGGUAUUUGUGACCACGCUGUAUGUAAUAGUCACUGACAGGAAACAGCUCAGUUCUGGAAGGAAUAGCCAAGUUGAUUGUGGUCUAGCAGGACAAUGAGUUACUGCCUUUAUGACAACUAUGAGAACUAUUUAGACGAGUAUGAUGUUCUGUGAUGCAAUCAUAAGCAAAAAAAAAAAAAAGCUUUUGGAUUUCUGAUCACAUCAUUAUAGCAACAAGGUAAAAGCAUGUCUGAAUAGUUUACUGCGUGUAAACAGGUGCAGAAUGUGUAAAUAGUGACAGGGGAGGUUGGGUUCUUUUUGAGUUAUUUCAUGUUGUUAUUCAUAUAUGCACAUUUCUACUUCAGUUACUAUUGUCCAUUAAAUAACACAUAUGCUUAACUACUUGCUGCAGAAAAAUACACCUCUAUAAAUGAUAUUCAAGAAUAACUCCUGGAUUUGCAAAUGAAUGUCAGAAUAAAGGAGACUGUUCUGGUGGGGGUAGGGGUAAGGCAGGAGCGAAGGGGAGAAUCCCAGGGGGUCUGGACCCAGCAGGGAGGAAAGGCCAGCAGAUCAGGGGUCUGUUUGGUGACUGACCAUGGAAUCUUCCCUGGGAAGGUUUGCAGUGGUCAGGUGGUCCCCAUGGAUGAUAUGUCAUUGUGGAGUGUCCAGAGGCAAGAGACGGUCUUAUUGAGUUCACCAACUCAUUCAGACCAACUGGAAACCGAAUUGUGGUUCUACGGAACCGGGUGGUAUAGGAUGAGUUGCACAAGUGGGGAGACUGUGUCUGCCUUCUUUACAUCCCUCUCUACAGAGUCAGCACAGUGACAGCUCCUAGUAGGUGCUCAGUAAACAUCUGUGGAGUGAAUUCAUGUCUAGUAAACAGUGGGACCCACUAAGGUGUCCAAAACCUUGGCUUGUGGGAAAUCUCCAGUAGGGGGCACUGUGGACUCAGCCUAUCCUAAUCCUCCAGGAGUGUGACUCAGCUUUGAGUCACAAAAGAGAUGAAAUCGGGGUGUCCUGUUUAUAUGUCCUGGGGCGUUCUGGCCUCUAAGGGAUAAAUACCUUCAGGUUAGAACAGCAGUUUUGCAGAGCUGCAUGGGAACCGCGUGCAGAGAGCUGGGCUGGUGGAAUGGCUCCAGCCAGGAGGUGGGAAUAGAGAACUUCAGAGGGGAAGUACCACCUGGAUACAGGAAGAGAAUCCCACAGAGGUUCUGAAGAUGAAGCAGUUGUGGGGGACACCAUGAGAGCCCUGGGAAGCCAGGCUUGGGGCGAUGGACAGAAGUACUGCGUUUUCCCGGUGAGGGGCUCAAUCGAGGUGGGAAGGCACACAGCAGUGGGGAAAUGUGAAAUGGAUGGGAAGUAUAGCAUUGAGCAUCAUUUUGGAAGGAAAAUCCCCAGCCUCCCAACUGUGACCUGGGAAUCCUAACAAAUCCUGAUGCCGAAAGCACCACCCAGCACCGGGAGAAAGAGUUCUUUGUUUCAACUACAGAUGUUAAGAAAUCAGGAACAUCAUGAAAUAUAUGACAUCCCCCCAUCCCACCCCCGCAUUAGACUGUGACAGUUAGCUUGAUCCAUCAUUCCUUUUCCUGUUUGGGACUUCCCAGAUUGUGUACAAAAGGAGGAUGCCAUUUAGGUAGAGAAAAAGGGAGAAGGGAACCUCGUUUGUAUUUUUGUGCCUGCAAAAGAAAAAUGAGUGAGGCAGCGGAGAUCUGGGUUGAAUGCUGGCUUCCCUUGUGGCUCAGCUGGUAAAGAAUCCACCCGCAAUGCGGAAGACCUGGGUUCAAUCCCUGGGUUGGGAAGAUUCCCCUGGAGAAGGGAAAGGCUACCCACUCCAGUAUUCUGGCCUGGAGAAUUCCAUGGCCUGUAAAGCCCAUGGGGUCGCAAAGAGAUACAACUGAGCGACUUUCACUUUCACCUUCUUCCAACUAAACAACUGUGUGAUAUUGGUCGAGCUCCCUAACCUCUCUGGACCUGUUUCUACAUCAGUAAAAUACCCAUCAUAACAUCCACCAUGCCCACCUCACAGGGUUGUCGUGAGGACUGGCUGAGCGGCAUGGAGAAUUUUGUACACCCUAAAGCUCAAACUGGAGGUCUUGUUAGAAAAAAUCUUAACCAACUUGUAUUCAUAGUACUGAGUUAAUGCUUUUCUGUCAGGGUAAGCCUGAAAGGGGAUGUGGUAUGCAUGUAAUGUGAAGGAAAGGCUCGAGAAUGUCUGGGUAGAGCUGUUAUCUGCUUCUCUGUUGGAGGAGACUCUUCAGUUCUGCUUUCCAGCGUUUAUUUGAAGAAGCCAUUUGCUAAGUCUCAACAGUUACCACAGGUGCAGAAGAGACCAAUGGCCAGCUUGCUGAGGCUCAAGUUCUGCUCCUAAAAGCCAGCUGAGAAUCCGGCUAUACUAACCUGUAUACUAACACGUAGAAGAAAUGGCAAGAGUAGCCCAGUUUUGUUUUGUUUUGCUUUUGUAAGUUAGAGAAGAUAACAAUUUGGGAGGGAGUCGCUCUCCUUUUGCCAUAGUCUUAUUAUUACUGUAUCUAUAAAGCCAUUCAUAGAAUAUUCUACAGAGAUAAUAUUCCACUGGGGCCGAUGUCCAAGAGAGAAGUCAGAAGUCUUCCAAGGAAGUUGAUGAGGUUGGUGACCAGAGCUGGGCAGGGUGUGAAAAGUGUGUGCCAGUAUCAAGGUAUUUUGAUCAUCUCUCCCGAGCUUCCUUGGUGGCUCAGCGUUGAAGAGUUCGCUUCCUGGGUCAGGAAGAUUCCCCUGGAGAAGGCAAUGGCAACCCACUCCAGUGUUCUUGCCCGGAGAAUCCCAUGGACAGAGGAGCCUGGUGGGCUACAGUCCAUGAGUCCUCAGGAGUCAAGACACAACUUAGUGACUAAACCACCACCUAGACGGGUUAGCUGAGAACUGGAACCACCUGGAAGUUAAGUGGGCGGUUGGACGGGGGUGCAGAGUUCUGUCUGGGGGAGACAGUAGCCUUGGACUGAUGGGGGCAGGGAGCUGCCAGAGACACUGCUCAAGAAGUCAUUCCCAACAGGAGAAAGAGCAAGUUCAGAUGUAGGCUUAGAAAAACAGGCAACUUGACCCAAGGCAGCAGAUCAAGCCAGCCCAACUGGUUCAUGAAUGUAGUUUAAUGAAUCCGAAUGGGAACAGAAAUAGAUGAAGGGACCACACAGUGACUAGAAGAGUAGAGAGUGCUCAGCAGGGUCUGGCUGACCUCACCCGAAGCCCAGGGAAGGAAUCGGGCCAGGCAGAGAAGGGCCGUAAAGGCAACUGGGAAGUAGUUUGGGGAGGCUUUGGAAGGCAAUCUGACUUCUCUUCGGAGGGUGUUUUGAGCUGGUUGGGUUAGCAGCCAAGAGAAAUGGGAUUGAAAAUAGAAUUGGGGCCUCCAUACCCUUGGUGUCGGCCCAGCAAAUAUUUCUUAGUUGCCACUGGCCUGAAGAAGCUAUGUUGUAAACGCUUUCAUUCCUUUGUGUUACUUUAUACCUUUUUCCCACCCACCCCCCUUUUCUUAAUAAAUGCUUUUGAAAAAUGUGAA